UUUGAUUAUUGACAACUAUUCCGUAGUUGGUGCCAGUGACGAUGCCGCGACCUUCGCGUGAAUCGUACGGUGAUCAAAAACCACCCUAUUCGUACAUUUCUUUGACGGCAAUGGCAAUUUGGAGCUCUCCAGAACGUAUGUUGCCGCUGUCCGAAAUUUACCGGUUUAUUAUGGACCGGUUUCCAUAUUACCGACGGAAUACUCAGCGCUGGCAGAACUCUCUGAGACACAAUCUCUCCUUUAACGAUUGUUUUGUGAAAGUGCCAAGACGUCCCGAUCGUCCUGGAAAAGGCGCCUAUUGGACUUUGCAUCCUCAAGCAUUUGACAUGUUCGAGAACGGGUCAUUGUUGCGCCGUCGUAAGAGGUUUAAGCUUCAGAAAGGUGAGAAAGACAACCUGAAUGCAGAAUUAGCUGCGCUCGCUAGCUUCAACCGAGCUUUCUUGGCGCGGCAAGCUGGAGCACCACCACCACCACCACCCCUACCAACCGCGAGUAUGUACUCACCACCUAUGUGUCCACAAUUAAGCCCUGAACCUGCUGAGCUACCAGAGACAGCAUCGAUAACAAUGUUGCCAAGGGAAAGACCGCGAAGAGCGUUCACAAUAGACGCUUUACUAGAGCCGGAGCCUCCGCGGGCGUCUCCAUCUCCUCCAAAUCAUUUGCUUGCGAUGCAGGCCGUUCAAGUGAUGCCACAGAUAGACUUUACUAUGCCAUCUCCAUACGUGCUGGCUGCCCAGCGGUACCAAGCUGAACUCCUGCAAGCGGCGGCGCACGCCCUGCGUCCAUGCUACCUACUACCACCUCCCCUGCCGGUAGCGUGACAUCAGCGGUCUCCUUCGAACUGCUCCAAUAUCUCGUGCAAUGUUAGGUUGUAAGUACUGUAGUAAUUUUGAAAAACUAUACAAAUUCCAAUCUCUAAAAAAACGUGAAAAGACCGAAAUAAGUAAAUCAUACAUUAAAUCGUUAUAAUUCGUUUUAUCUUAAAAUUGGUGAUGUGUUUUUAUCGAAAAAAUGUGAAGAAUAGUUUUAUAAAUAUUCAUAGAAUCGUACCGUUUAAGCUUAGUGAUGUGCGUUCUGCAGCGCCGCGACGGGAGGCCUAAAUGGUACUUAAUUAUACUGGCAAGUGCCCGUGCUGAACAACUCGAAAUAUUUCUGUAAAAGUAGCGUUGAUGUUAGUGAUCUCAUUUGUAGAUAUUUAUGAAGAGUAAAAUAGGAUUAUUUAAUACAAUUUAAUUUAUUAAUAUCGUGACGUAUUUGCUAUUAUCAUAUAAUAUAGGUGUGUAAAUAUUAAUUUGAGAUAUAUU